GCUUUGUGGAUGGUGAUGGAUCCCAAACGUGGUGACACCACUGACAAACAAACCAGGCAGAGCUGCGCUGACAGCCGGACAGCACCGCCGUGACCAGCGCUGCAUCCAAGGAGUGCCACGUUUUUAUUUCUGGAAAAGAGGGAUUUUUUUAAAUAAAAAGCGCUUUGACGGAUUAAUGUUUUGUCCGCCUGCAGAUUUCAUGAAGCUUUCGUGGAAUUACACGCUGAGGAUGGAGCCGCUGCUGGAAGACUGACACGCUUCCUGGGCUCUUGCCGCUUCCCCUUUAUCCAUGCGUUUCCUGGCAUGGAGUGAUUCAUUAGCACAUUUGUCAGAGAAGUAAUUGAUGAAACCGGGAUUUUCGCUCUCCAUGGUGCUUGAACGGGAGAUGGACGGGAUCGGGACCACCAUGCAGAAGAAGGCGGCGGAGCUGGAGAGGCUGGCCGAGGUGCUGGUCACCGGAGAGCAGCUUAGGCUGCGUCUCCACGAGGGGAAGGUGAUCAAAGACCGGAGGCACCACCUUCGAACUUAUCCCAACUGCUUCGUAGCCAAGGAGCUGAUUGACUGGCUGAUCGAACACAAGGAGGCCUCAGAUCGGGAAACAGCCAUCAAAAUUAUGCAGAGGCUUUUGGACCAGAGCAUCGUUCACCACGUGUGUGAUGAGCACCGGGAGUUCAAAGACCUGAAGCUGUUGUACCGCUUCAGAAAGGACGAUGGCACAUUCCCAUUGGAUAGUGAAGCCAAAGUCUUCAUGAGGGGGCAGAGGAUCUAUGAAAAGCUGAUGAACACAGAAAACAGCCUAAUACAGACCAGAGAAGAGGAUGGAGGGUCAUUUGAGCGGGCGUUGGUGGCCUCGGAGUUCAUCGACUGGCUGCUUCAAGAAGGCGAGACGCCGACCAGGGAGGAGGCCGAGCAGCUGGGACGGAGGCUCCUUGAACACAGCAUCAUUCAGCAUGUCACCAACAAGCACCACUUUGUCGACGGGCCUCUCCUCUACCAGUUCAGGAUGAACUUCCGGCGAAGGCGGCGACUGAUCGAGGUUCUUCACGAGCGCGGCCGUUUCAUCCCCGAGAGCCACGACAGUCCCUUUUGUCUCCGUAAGCAACACUCCGAUGGAGGAAACACCAGCUUCCUUUCAGUGAGUCCCACUCGAGAGAUAAAGGUGUCAGUCGGAGGUCGACGGAGCAGCAUGAGCAGCAGCUGUGGCAGCAGCGGUUACUACAGCAGCAGCCCGACGCUCAGCAGCAGCCCGCCGGUCCUCUGCAACCCCAAAUCUGUUCUGAAGAGGCAGGUGAGCCCGGAGGAGCUGCAGACACCAGGAGGAGCUUUUGCAAAGAAGACAUUCACUAUUGUUGGCGAUGCUGUGGGCUGGGGCUUCGUGGUACGAGGCAGCAAACCCUGUCACAUCCAGGCUGUGGAUCCUGGUGGACCAGCAGCUGCCGCUGGUAUGAAGGUCUGUCAGUUUGUGGUGUCCGUCAACGGACUGAAUGUCCUCUGUCACGACUACCGGACAGUGAGCAACUUGAUCCUGACGGGACCCAGGACAAUCGUCAUGGAAGUGAUGGAAGAGGCGCAAGUUUGAGAAGAUUUCCACACAAAACCUCAUACAUGAAGAACAGACGUGCAGCGAGAGCAUGAGGAUUAAAAAGUUCGCUACCUGACCUCAAAAUCACUCAAACAAGAGAAGUGAGUGACUUGAAAAGCAGCACUCUCUCUUGUUUGGACAAGGUGGAUGAUUGAGAAACAGGGAGUGUUUAAGAAUGAGGGCGUUCAAGUUGAGUAAAUGACUCAACCCACAGAGACACUGUGCAGGCUGUUUUAACGUUUUUAUUUUCUGUCUUCUUUUUUUUUUUUUUAAAUCUACGGGGGUCAAAAAUUAGAGUCACAACUUAUGUGAUCAUCAUGUGUUAAUGCACCCAGAGGGACCGUAAGACUUAAUCAAAAAGCUCCAGACUUCGUGUGCGGUGUAAAAAGGUGUAUAUCUUGCUUGUGGCUGACUUGAAUUUCAAAUCUUUUUCUGAUUAUGAGCGAUUCUUUAAAAUAUGUAAAACAAAAAGUUCUGACAUACGGACCUGGAUAUGAACAAGUAAAACUGUAAAAAUAGGCUUGUAUAUUUCAUGGACACAUUCAGUGACCUCUGCCUCAGUGAGCUGGUGUAAAAUAGGUCAACCACGUCAUGGUAACUCUCAAAGACUUUCAACAAGGCAGCUGGACUUCUUUUUCUUUUGGAAGUCCAGUGACCUUGUUUUAAGCCUCUCAUCUGCCUCAGGGAGUUCCCAGCUGAUUACUGAGUUAGCAGGCUGUGCCAUGCCGCCCUCUGCUGGUCAGCAUUGGAAAAUGCACCAUUUAUACCUGAUAUGAAUUCUGUUUGCUUCAUUGUUUUUCUACUUCUAAGGACUACUUGUGUUAUGCAGAAAGAACAGAUUUCUGAUUUUGACACAUCAAAACCUAAACUAACAAGUAAACUGAUGCCGAACAGGCUGGGAGUUUGCUAGUAAAGUGAUAAACUUCAUGUGACAUCAGUGUCAUGAAGGCUUGGAGAAAAGGCUCAUCAUGGAAAACACAUGAUGUUUCAUCUUUCAAAUAACCCUGUUGCAGCACCGAGAAGCUUCUUAACACUUAUCACUUAACACAGUGACCUUUGAUUUCUUUAAUGUCUUACUUGUUUUCAAAGAUAACUGAUAUGGAGACCAGAAAUAUAAACAGUUAAAUGAUGUGUAUUAAUUUGUGCUGUUUGUAUUGUUAAAGAAAAAAAAAAGAAAAAGCAGAAGGAGCACUAUAAAUUGUUUCUAAUUAACAAUGCUUGUCUCCCACCCACAUCAUUAUCUUUGUCCAAUAAUGUGCAGUAAUUACAUUACAUUAUUAACUACAUAUAAGUCUGUUGCGAACACAGACGACAGAAAACUGCAGAAAACAAUCUUAAUGAACAGGAAUUUCAGAAGAAUAUCUAACAUCCAUUUACUAAUUAAGUCUCAGAAUGUCUUAUGAUUUCUAGCAGUAAGAAAAGUGUUUUGUUUGUUUUUGUUUCCCAGAUUCUUCACCAAUAAUAAAACAUUUUCUUAAAUGAUUUAGAGUUGAACCUUAAAGCAAAACCUUUCUCCUGAGUAAAGCAUUUCUGACAAACAUCUUACUGUAACUGAUUGUUUAUAGACUGUGCCAUCGUGUUGUCAGACAUGCCGACACAGACGGAUUAUGUCUGGCAGAUUAUUAAGUAAAAAGAAAAGCAUAGGUAAAUAAUUUUCACCUUGUUCCUGCAGUAUGUCUGUAAUUCUUAGUAAAUCCUGUUUCCCUGUUUGUUUAUGGUAAAACCCCAGUACGUGUGUCACUAGACAGAUACUUAGGUUAGAUCUUAAGUAAAUCAUUACUGAACAUUUUAACAAUGCAGUAAAGUGAAUUUGUUCUACUUAAUGUGAACAUACCGUGAAUUAUUGCCAAGCUAUAUGAUUAACUCAGUAAUUUACCUUCAAAUGUGUCCUAUUUGUUGUUUUUGUGUAGAUGUCAGAGGCAGUGAAAUGCAUGGAUGGUGUAAAAAUGCUCUUAUUCUAGCUUUAUCUUCUAAUCCACAGCACUUCUUCUGUCUCUUGACUUAUAGAAAUGAUUUAUCUGAUAAGUGAUUGUAAAUGUGAUGUAGAUCUGCGGCCCUGAAGUUUUUGUUUCCACAUCCGGGGUGAGAUGCAUGUACCGUGUGUCUGCACAAAUUUCUUACACACAAACUGGUCAUUGAAAUGUUUUAAAAUGUGUGCUGACUAUGUACACAUUUGACAAACUAUGCAUACUAAAACAACUUAAGAGAGAUAUCAUAAGGUACAAAUGAAAAAAAUAGUGACAGAAUUUAAAAGGAAAUACAUCACAAACAGAUAAUUAAGCUAAAUAAAGUAGUUUGAAUGGAACAAAAUAUAAAUGAACACUUUCAUGGAGGUUGGAUGUUAGUAUGAUGGUCAUAUGGGAAAAAAAAAGAUGAGUUUUCAUGGAGACUUGUCGUUAAUUAUGGUUGCUGUAGAUAGAUGCGGGCACGUGUGCUGUUUUGGUAUUAUUGAAAGACAUUUCCUCAUCCACCAUCUCAGGUUUCAUUUUAGUGUCUGAGUUGAGGAGAUCUGGCUCCAGGGAUGCUGUGUUUUGAUGUGCUGAUGCACUUGUUGCCUCCAUCCAACACUUUUCCCUUUUUUUUUACCCGUGGAAAAAGCUUCUGCUAUUGUCAUUCCACUCAUUAGUUUCUGUUCUUUGAUAAAACAGUCUAAACUGAGCGUUUCAGUUUUGCUCUCUGUAAGACUGCUUCUUCUUUGCUCUACUUUGAUCAUCACGCCAAGGUUGUGAUGCCUACUACAAAGUUUUUCAUGUGUAGAUGAAAUCUUGGGUUUUGUCUAAAUCCAUUGAUCCAUGGAUACAUUUAGGGAUGGAAAUCGGGCGUUUGUGUUUGUGCGUGUGUGUGUGUGUGUGUGUGUGCGUGCGUGCGUGCGUACAAGUUUCCAGUGAUUAAGAUUUAUGAAAAAUAACAAGAUGUUAAUCUGCUGAAAACAAAUCCAUGUGCAGGUUUGUGUCUUUGUGAGUACAAAAGGUUUUAUACUAAACAGUUUGUAGCCAUGACCUGCCAAAGUGUCUCUGUGCAGGACAAUGAAGCCCACAUUGCCCCUAUUGUCCCUCUCAUGGUGGCGGUCCCAAGCCUGGAUAAAUGAAGAGGGUAAAGUGAGCCUUCUGAUGUUGAGAGAAAAAAUCAUUUCAAAUCAACUUGCAGAACACAAUCCGCUGUAGAGAAAAAGGUGAGAAGAAAAACUAUGCAUAGUUUCAUGCAUCUUACCUUUAAUCUUCUCGGUGGUUGAUAACGUCGUCUGGUUGGAUCUUCUUAACAUUUAGUUUCAUAUUGCUGAGUUCCUCCAUGAUAUUUGCACACGAUGCCAUGCAGUACUGACAACAGUGUUCAUCUGAAGCUCGCUGGUGCUUAGUUGGAAGGUUUGCUUUGCUUAAAAAACACAGCCAUGUAGAGACCCUGGUAGUUCUUAUUCAGUGUUUGUUGUUUGGCUUUUCCAUACAGCUAAAUGACACAUCUCAGUAAAACCGGGUAGUAAUACAAAUCACCUCUCAAACAAAGCCAGAGAUUACAAGUAAUCUGUCUGCCGCAGGAAUGCUCACCGUCUUCACACAACAUAAAUGUUGGAAUAUGUUGUUUCUUUGAAAAGAGGAGAAAAAAAGUUGAUGAUGGCCACAGUUGGGUUUUUGGGGGGAAUAUACAGAAUAUCCUUUACAUGUAUUAUUGGUAAGAGUUGGUUGUGGUGGGUUCUCUGAAAACGGGUUCACUGACUGUCUGAAAGGCUGACUGAAAAGUGAAAACUGACUGAAAGUCUUCGCCUUAUGACCUUUUUUUGCUGCUAAUCACAGCCAGCGGAUGCCUGACUCUUUUUUUUAUUCUCCGUUUUCCAUUGAAAAUUCUUGUUUGUCCACUUUUACUGACAAUCAUCAUUUUAUCACCUUUUAAACGGCACAGCAGUGACAUAAAGAGCAGCGAUCUGACAGAAUGUAUUUCACUGCCGUUCUUCUACAUUGUACCGUUAUCAGUUUUAUAUUUCAACUUUAAUGACUCAUAUAACUAAGGGUAUUCUUAGAUUUGUACUGUCAUCAUGGGUUUUCAGCAGGUACAGCGGUGUGUUUGUUUUAUCUCAGCUAUCAGAGAUUGAAUGUUUUAAGACGAUACAGGCUCUUGAUAACAGUCCGUUUCAUUACGAUGUUGUAAUGUAUUAAAGACUUAAAUGUUUAAUAAAAAGACCUGAUUUGAUUCUGAGAUUGUGAUUUGAUCUGACUCUGCACACAUUCCCAUUAUACAAAACCUAUAUGACUUAUUGAGUUAUUAUACAUAUAUUAUACAGAUGGUCUUUCUUCACAAAACUGCAUUUGUUAACUGUUCUUACUUCCAGUCUCAAGGAAAAAACAAACAUAUUUUAAUUAAUAACAGUUCAACUAAAGGCUAAAUGACCCAGUUUACUCAAUCAGCAGUCAUGCCCUCAAAGGAAAUCCAAUGUGGCCUUUACUGUCCAACUGCAAAGUAGUGCAAUGUUUUUUUUUUCUAAUUUCUGCAACUCGUGACAGUGAUGAAUCAUUUAUCAAAAGCUGAAUCAAGUCUUACCGGAUUAGUCCUUUCAGACCUGAUGAAUCUAAUCUUCUUUUUUAUAAACAGGAUCAAAUCAACAGUUUUGACUGAGGUUUUCUGGAUGUUUCUGGUUCCUACCAAGACUGAGAACUGCAAUAUUUUAAUUGAUUCCUUGGGUCUGAGUAGAUUGAAUAUCCGUAUCAAAGCCUUCAAACUUUAACUUCAGUGUUUCUUCAGUCAGCUGGCCUUGAAGGCCUCAUGGUGGGUUGAAAGACUUCAAAGUGAGUGAUGAGGUGUGUUUGGGGUGGUUUAGCCAACGGUUUUGUAUCAGGGAGGUGUCGCUCAAAGAGUUUACUUGUAUGAAACUUAAUUCAAUCAUCCCUCUGUAAAUGUGAUAAAUGCGCCUUUUGCCAAUGGCAGCAGCACAAGCACAAAGCAUGAUUUUUUUAGCUUCCUCAGGCUGCUGGGUUUGAUUCAAUGUAGCAAAUAUUUGUUGCUGAAUUGUUUUUAGUGAAGACACAGAAAGCAGACACUGUAAAACCAAGAUCUCCUUAUCUUGUUCCAGCCAGUGAUUUUCUUGUUUAAACUUCAGGGAUCUUAUGGUUAAAAAUGUUUUUACCCGAUGAUAAUUGAAGUACAACUGCAGGCCUGAAAUACAGUUGAACUUUGCCUUUCUUUGUAUUGCUGUAUUCUUUUUUUUAGAUAUCCUGCUGUGGCAGCAUUAUUGGUUUAAUAAAAUAUAUUUUUAAUAUC